UCAAGCUGAGGGGAGAUCGCGCAACUAAGGCCUAGUCAGGCGUGAACUCAACCUGAAGAGCUGGCUGUCCUCCCUCUACUUAUUGAGACGGGAAGCUGUCGGCGGCAUGUCGUAGCAUUGAGUGCGUCAGUAGUUAAGCAUAGCGUCGGUUGAGUAUUACAUACAGCUCGACAAUCCUUGUCACGGCUGCUGGGACAGGGUGCCCUUCGUACAGCCGUCGUGUAGUACACAAACUAGCAAACAGGAGCUGUAGAAGGGCGGGGAUUUCCUUGGAUUACACACGUAACCGGCGUGCACAGAUAAUCCAGGGCUUGACCCUCCAUUUAUUUCACGAUGGCGAACCUAGAGGUUGUGAUGACCGCUAUCAAGAACGAAGAGCAUUCUAUAAUGAGGCUGGAGAGACUGCCUAAGGCCUUGGUCGACUACAGUAAAGUACACCACGUGGGUGGGGGGCCAUACAAAGGUAUCCUCAUCAAUAAACAGGCCUCAGAUCUUGAGGAAGUAAUGGGAGAAGAGGCAAGGUUAGAGUUCCUCGCAUAUCUCUCCGAGCAGGACGGUCACUCUGAUCAAAUACAGGACUAUUGGAUUCUGAAGUUUUGGUUCCAAGGUAAUGCUGACGGCCUAACGCGAAAGAAGACAUUCACGGACUACUUUCAAGAGCUAAUGAGUCCAAGGAAUUUCCCUAAAAAUUACAUUGGCUUUGUGAAGAGAGCCUUGGUUUUGUUGAAGAAGUAUGAGCAGAUUCGUCGCGUGGAUUUCGUCGUUCAAAAGUCAGAAGAAGCGGAUGUGGAUGAAGAGCUUCCCCCCAUCAAAAGUUUCGUCACAGUUUACACCCCGGAUUCCUAUACGUACCAGCUGGUACCGGAGGUCCAAGUAUCCAGCAAGGAGUUCCUGGCCUUCAAGUUGAAGGCUGGAGGUGAUGCCCAUAUUGCCUUGUCGGCAGUAUAUGGGGAUUUAGAGAGGAAGACACAUGAGAUCGUAAUAGGGGCUGAGGGUAAUACGAAGUCCAUGAUCCGUGAAGGCAGCAUGGGGCUGGUGAGAACGGAAGCCCUCACAUACAACGUCCUUCACAGCAACGAAUUCCGCUUCUUCUGGGUGAGCUGGGCUGGCGGCAACAUCGAAGUGGGACGCGGAGCUAAGUACGGUCAAGGGCGCUUCCUCCACUGGCGGGUGCCAGAAUACAAACGUUUUAACGUGAACUGCCUGGCCGUGUCAACCGGAAGGGCAUCCCGUGGCCAGUGGGAGUUUGCUGAGCUCUUAGGUCAGUUCCCAAACCUGGUAGUACCACAGAUGAGAGCCACUGAAAGUAAGACACUUUUUGACCAAAAUCCCCCAGUGGACCACGACACUCCCCGAAUAUUCAGAACACAAAGUAUGAUGACGAUUUCUAGCAAACUCUCAGGCCCAAGAAAAGUCAAGAGACAGGAAUCUCCCAAAACACCCAAACCACCGGAGUCACGGGAGUCAAAUGAUAACCGGCCAGAAAUAAAAUUUAGUAAAGAUGCAGUCUUUACGCACAGCGGCUCACCGGAAGUUAGAAGUCCUCGUAUAUUUAGAACACAAAGCUCCAUGGUUAUAUCAAGUAACCGGCCAAGCUUCACAAGAAACUUUUCGGGGACCCUUACAAAGACGAACGUUGUAACCCGACCCUGGACCGGAAAUCAGUUCAUAACGGAAUCAUGGACGGAUAGCCGAGUGGUGACGGAACCAAUCCCGAACGGCUUCGUGAAACCCCGGAGCUGGGUGGCCACUCCCGCUUUCCAAAGGCCACUUGCACGCAAUGACCUCUUCGAUUCGUGGAGACGCCGUGAAGAGGGCGAAUGGUACCGUGCGACUUUUGAGGAGCGACCAUGGAGUGGGUCUCUCGCCUUUGACAGCUCGUGGAAGAACUCUAAAGAACUUGGACAGCACUGGAAAAGCUGUAAACUUUUAAAUCAUCCAUCUGAAGAAAACCAAAGAUUCGGCUCUCUCUGGCCGAACAAGAAAAACUUCAGACACAUUUUGAGGGCCAACUUGUCUAAUACGUCCUUUUCGCCCCCAAAGGAAUCCAAACCUCGGCCCUCUGAUCUGCUGGAGAAAAAACGUUGGUCCAGCUGCCACACUUUACCCCAGGCUCAGACCUGUUACUACAGUAACGGUAGCAGGGAUGGGGAAAUAUUCCAGUCAAUAAAUUCGUCCAAAGAGAAUGUUUUCACGUCGACUCAUCAUCACGACUUUUCUAUGUUAGAGCAAACCGAUGACGAUGUUUCGUUGAAAGGCUUCCAUAUGCCAGAGGGAGUGAUCGAGCAGAAUGCAAAUUUCGAUCUUGGAAAAGAGAGCAAAGCAGCGAGAAAAGAAAAGGCCAAAAUGUCGUUGCUAUGGUUGGCAAAACGUCAGAGGCUAAUACAGGUGCUGGAGGAUGCUUAUCCAAACAGUGUCAACGUCAGCCAGUUACUGCAAAACUGUAAAAUCAAACAAACUGAUACUAUCGCUGCCGUGGUCAUGUUAAAGGAUCUGGAAAAACGUGGGCUUAUAAAGGAGAUGGAUAAAGGAGUGUGGAUGAGGGUACCCCGGCUGACCCAGGACCAGAGUGAGCAGAUCGAGAUGGUAGAGAGAAUGCCCAUCCUGGACAGACGAGAUCAGCCGCAAGUAGCCAUCAUAACUGCAUUUUACUGUGAAAAAUUGGCAGUAGACGCCAUGAUUGAAGAUAAAAAAACAUACGUCCGAUACAAGUCAGAAGGGUAUCCCCGUCGGCAAAUUGGUGAGUCACAGGUGUAUACACUAGGCAGAAUCGGACGUGUCAACGUUGUGUCCACCAAACUGUCCAGGAUAGGGAGCGGCCAAAACGCCAUGAUAUCCGCAGAGAAUACGACCACAAGACUACUGGGUACAUUCAGUCACGUGGAGCACGUAUUACUGGUCGGAGUGGGUGGAGCAGUUCCUCAUUUCUCCGACUUCAGCCAACAUGUGCGCCUAGGUGACGUAGUUGUGUCGUCACCAGCGAAUGACACACAAGCCCUGUACAUUCAGUGUACUAAGGUAGAAACCAUGGCAGAGGUGUCCGGUUAUAGCUACAUAACCCGAUCCUUCCAGUGCAUUGACCAGACCUUGCAAAGAGCUGUGCAAAAAUUGAGGCAGCGUUGUGAAGCUGGAAACGGGGAGAACACUUUCAUCGCGUAUAUCGAAGAAGCUAAAGAGCGUUUGCAUUCCGAGGAAUCCAGCUUCGCUCGCCCUUCAAUAAAGUCGGACAAACUCUUCCUCACUAAACCUGAUGGUCAAAAAAUCCAGAUGGAGCAUCCAAAGCCGUUCGGGAAAGAGGCCCGGUUGUUCCGCGAGGGCCAGCCUUACAUACGGUAUGGCACGGUUGGCGCCGGCAGAUUGGUCUCGCGGAAUGACCACAUGAGGCGAGAAUUCGCGGAGAUGAAUGGGAUCAAGGCGUAUGACGCCGAAUAUGACGCCGUUUUACAGUCUUUAGAAGGAAACAGGAACGACAGUUUUCUCCUUAUCCGUGGAAUGGCGGACUAUGUGGACGGUUCUAACAAAGACUGGCAACCUUAUGCUGCGCUGGUGGCGGCGGCGUACAUGAAGGCUUUAAUUUGCAAUCUUCGGUAGAAAAUGAUCAGACUUGAAAACUUACCUUAAGUAUAUGCAUGUACAUUAAACCUUCACUAUAUUUAUUGACGACAUAAUAGUAUUUGUUGCGCACGAUCUUGGCCUCUUUACUUCAUAUUGUCAACUAUUACACUGUCGAAGACUCAUUAUAGUUGAUUUCAUUUUUAACUCAUAUAGUUCAGAAUAUACCGGUUACCACAUAUAUUACAGUGGAAGCAUUUCCAAAACGUCGUUGAAUUCAUCUCGAUUCGUCAUCUUUUCUUCAUGGUGUUGGGAAAACAAUGAUAUAUUAUUCUCAUCUAUAACAUGUUUAGUAUUAUCAAGUUUAGUCUGAUAGAUGAGUUCAGUAUGAACCUGCUAACUUCAUUAAAACAUACUAUGA